UGUAGGACGUCGACGCGUACGUGGGAUGGGGCGGGCGGUUGUCGGCUGGCGUUCUUUCCUGAGGGAAACAACGAUCAAAGGGCUCUAGCGAGAUAUGGAUACCUGUAGUAUGCAGGUGAAGGAUGUUCUUGCAGCCUCAGAGCCCCACAAAUUGCCAUCACCUAAACCCAGCAAAACCACAAGAUGAAGUUUCUUACGCAAUUUCUGUCCUUUGCGUCCGCCGCGAUGGCGGUGAGUGGUGUCGCUGCUGGAUACCCCAACCCCGGUAAAGUCACCGGUAACAUCGGCGUACACGACCCCUCCAUGGCCAAACUUGGCUCCACCUACUUCGUGUACGGCACCGCCCCAGGCAUCUCCAUCAAAACCUCCACCGACCGGACCAACUUCCGCGACGCCGGCGUCGCCUUCCCCAACGGCCUACCCUGGUGCAACUCCUACACCGCCGGCGACCGCAACAUCUGGGCACCCGAUGUGCAUGUCAUCAAGGGCAAGUUUUACAUGUACUACUCGUGCUCGUCGUUCGGGUCGCGAAACUCCGCAAUCUUCCUCGCGACCAGCACGACCGGUCGAGCCGGGUCGUGGACCAACCGCGGAUUGGUCAUCAAGAGCACCCAAACGUCGACGUUCAAUGCGAUUGACCCCGGUCUGGUCGUUGACUCAAACGGGAAGUGGGUCUUGACGCUUGGCUCGUUUGGCGACGGCAUCCACCAGAUCGACAUUGACCCCGCCACGGGCCUGCGGUUGGGUGGCAGGCGGCACGGCCUGGCAUCGCGCCCGCGCAACGGCGGGGCAGUCGAGGGUGCGUACCAACACAAGAUCGGCAACUACUGGUACCUCUUCGUCUCGUUCGACAAGUGCUGCCAGGGCGUCGGCAGCACGUAUCACGUCAUGGUUGGUCGCUCCGCCCACCGCAAUGGACCGUUCCUCGACAGGAACGGGGUGGAUAUGGCUGCGGGUGGAGGUACGGAGGUGCUUGGAGCCCACGGAGAUGUGCAUGGCCCCGGUGGUCAGAGCUUGAUGCAGGAUGUGGAUGGGCACUUGCUCGUGUACCACUACUACGACGCGAGGGGAGCGCCGACGUUGGGCAUCAACAAGAUCGUCCUUGAUGGGGCGGGCUGGCCGGUGGCCGUUUGAAAUGGGUCAUCCAAUACCCUUUCCAAAGUGUGACUAGAAAUGUACAUUUUUCCCAUUAGAGAACCUGUUAGAUAGAGAUGCACUGGAUGCACAUGUAGAAAUAAAUACCUCGUACAGAACCACGGUUCUUUUACGC